AUGGCCUCUUCCCGUACGCACCUCAUCGUCGUUUGCGGGCACGGCAUCUGGCUCGGCGGCCCAUCUCACGGCAGCGACGAGGCGGAGUGGCUCAUUGCUGACUUCCAACGCGGGGAGACAGAUACGUUUAUCGAGCACAUCAAGGCCGGGGUGACAUGUCUCGCCGACGAUCGAGCGGGCUCCGUGUUGAUGUUCUCGGGGGGCCCGACAAGGAAAGAGUCGCAACUGUCCGAGGCGCAGAGCUACGCAAAUAUCGCAGCGAAGAACGGAUACUGGGGUCUACUACCAGGCGGUAUCUCAGACGACGAGAUUAUAGUCGAAGAUCGCGCAUUAGACUCGUACUACAAUGUGCUCUUCACCCUCACACUCUUCUACGCCCGCUUCCACGCGUGGCCCACGCACAUGACCAUCGUGAGCCACGACUUCAAGAAAGAGCGCCUCGUCGACGGCCACUGUGCGGCCAUUGGUUUCCCCCUGAAGCGUGUCUCGUUCAUCGGCAUCGAUCCGCCGGGGAUGGCGGCUCUUGCGGCAGGAGGGGCGGGCGGUGGCGACAAGGAAGAUGCGAUGAAGGGCGUGGGGAUGGCCAUGGGGGAGUGGAGGAGUGAUCCCCACGGGAGAGGGGCGAGUCUCGCAGGGAAGCGGGCCAAGAGAAAUCCGUGGGGAGUUGCACAGAGCGUGUUUCCGGAUAAUGGGAGAGAUCGGGGUGGGUUGAUGUUGAAGGAGGAGGGUGGGUGUGAGGUGUUGGAUGAGGAUGCUACGCGGCCGUGGCGAUGA